CAGACAGGGAGAAAAACAAAAACAACCCAGAACCAAUAGACAGAAAACAGACUUGAAAAAACAAAAUCCAGGGAGUUGAGAGUUUAGAAAGUAGAAAGUAGAGAGACAGAGAGGUGACUGAACUCUGACAGUCAUACAAAACAAGCUUUUCUGACCCAAAAAAUUAUUUAAAUUUGGAAACAAAUCGGAAACCCUGAAGGUCCUCCUCUUCACCUUGCUCCCUGAACUCUGCCCUUGAGGGGAGGGGGCACCCUCUGGGGUCAUGCUAGCCGCCCGGAGCAGCGGAGGGGGCGUUGGCGGGGGACACCAGCCACCCCACGUGCACCGCAAACACUCGGUGGCCUCUCUCGGCGGGUCGAGAGCCCACCGCAGCAACUCCCAGGAUGCCAAGCGCAGUUCCUCCUCCGGGAAGCAUGGGGCACAGCAACGACACAAGGAGGCGCUGAUCAGGGAGAUGGAGACCACCUGGUACCUGAAAAUGUUUGGACUGGGCAAGGAGGAGACAGUUGCGCAUAAGACUGGCAUGCCCUACAGGAACCUGGGAAAGUCAGGACUCAGAGUAUCCUGCUUAGGACUGGGUACAUGGGUGACAUUUGGAGGACAGAUAACAGACGAGGUCGCAGAGCAGUUAAUGACCAUUGCAUAUGAGAGCGGAGUCAACCUGUUCGACACAGCUGAGGUCUACGCAGGCGGCAGGGCCGAAAUCAUUCUUGGAAACAUUAUCAAGAAGAAAUGCUGGAGGCGAUCCAGCUUGGUCAUUACAACCAAACUCUACUGGGGAGGAAAAGCCGAGACCGAGAGGGGACUGUCAAGGAAGCACAUUAUUGAAGGUCUGAAAGGCUCUCUGCAAAGGAUGCAGUUGGAGUAUGUGGAUGUAGUGUUUGCCAACCGCCCAGACAGCAAUACUCCCAUGGAGGAGAUUGUUCGGGCCAUGACCUAUGUGAUCAACCAAGGCAUGGCGAUGUACUGGGGGACGUCUCGGUGGACGGCCAUGGAGAUCAUGGAGGCGUAUUCAGUGGCAAGACAGUUCAAUCUGAUCCCUCCAGUCUGUGAGCAGGCAGAGUAUCAUCUCUUCCAGAGGGAGAAAGUAGAAGUGCAACUGCCUGAACUGUACCACAAGAUAGGAGUUGGGGCGAUGACGUGGUCGCCGCUGGCUUGCGGCAUCAUCACAGGAAAAUAUGAAAACGGCAUACCUGAGUCCUCCAGGGCCUCCAUGAAGUCGUAUCAGUGGCUAAAGGAGAAAAUAGUAAGUGAGGAUGGAAGGAAGCAGCAGGCCAAGCUGAAAGAGCUGAACCACAUCGCAGAAAAGUUGGGCUGCACUCUGCCUCAACUGGCCGUGGCGUGGUGUCUAAGAAAUGAAGGAGUGAGCUCAGUCCUUCUGGGAACAUCCAACCCUGAACAGCUCACAGAGAACCUUGGGGCCAUACAGGUCCUUCCUAAGAUGACUUCUCAUGUGGUGUCUGAAAUCGACCACAUCCUGGGCAACAGACCGUACAGUAAGAAAGACUACCGCUCUUAGACCAGGACGGUAGACUACCAAGCGGUCAGCUGUACCUACCUACUUAACCAUACUGCUACCAUGGGCCCACCGUUCAAUGUUAAAAGUCCAUGGUUCUCUCCUGGGGACCUGCUCAGCUCCAGCUCCAGCCCUCUUCAGCUCGGAACAGACAGCUUUGCAAAGCCAAGCAUUGCACAUCUGUUUGAGACUUGUCCUGCUCAGAACAGCUCUACCGGGUUCAUCUCAGGUGCAGUCCAGCUCAGCCAAGAAACACCUAACAAACUCAGCUUUUUGCAGCCUCAAACACAACUUAGUCCAUUUGAGUAAACUGAAACUUUGUGCUGCCCAACCAAAGUGUUUCCCUGUUCAGCACCGGCCCAUUCAGAUAUAACUAUGCAGAGCUUAGUCUGGCCCACAAUAGUUCCCAUCCAGCGCCAUGCUGACAUCAUUUAGAGCACUUCAUCCCAGUUCGACCCCAUCCAGGAGCCCGCUUUAUAAAUUUAUUUAAGUAAGUACUCAAAUACGAUGGGAAGGUACGCAACUACAGCUCCUCAUUUUUAGCGAUAUCCAACUUCACACUCACUUACAUUUUGUAGAUGAACAAAGAAAGGAACUGCAGUAAAAGUUAAAGUGCCUUGCUCAAGGGCAUCUUGAUAGUAGUUGUGCGAGUGAGUGAGACAGCUCCAUUACUUAUUCAUUUUCCCACUCAUUUCCUCCCAGCUCAGCCAAUGACUCAGAACCCCGAGUCUCCAGCCUUCCUCUCUAAUGUCCAGACUUCCACCCACAAGUAAUUUAAUUUGAGCACAAAAUUUAUAUUGAGCACAUACUUUAUUUAUGAGAAUAACUGUACCAUAGCUGAAUUCGUCAAUGCAAGCACCUUAGACUUAUAAAUUCGAGGUACCUCAGGAAACUCCACAUGAAGAAGCUUCAGUUGCAUGAACACCCCCCCCCCCAGUUAGUUAGUUAGUCAGUCAGUGCUUUGGUUAAAUUGCUAUGUAGUGCAGCAAAAGAAAUUACCAUCGUGGGGUAAAACGUCCUGGAUGUUUUCCUGUGAAAUGUGAGGUUUCUCAAUGACAAGGUGACCUGCUCGUAAUUCCUGAAAAAAGAGCUUUAUGGAUAAGAUCUCAGCAAACCAGUUCCCUGUUAGCUUGAAUUAGCUGCUUUCAACUAGCUACCAAAUGUACCCAGUCCUGUAUUCAGUGUAGUACAAAAUAGUAUUCAGUCAAUAUUAUAGGCUGAAAAUCCUGAACAUAUUAACCAACAGAUGCAUGUUUUCCCUGCUAUAGUGUGCCUCUCCUUCCUUUUCUACAAAGCACAUGAUUAAAAAACAGAAAGGAGUUUGAUCAAAUAUACUGCAAGCUUGUCUACUGCCCGUGAGCCCCUGUGAAGCAGAGGAUUGUGGGACGUCAAGCAUGAGUAGGAAUGGGACACGGCAGGGGGAGAGAGCAAAGCAUGUAACGCCUGGUCUUCUUGCGGAACCACUCAUCUGCUUCACUAGGUCGUAGAAGAGGGAAACGACGCUUUGCAAAAAAAAAGCGGACUACGUCUCUCAGUUUGCGUUCAUCAUGGAUCCGUCCUCUUUCUUGCCUGUGAACUGAACGUGCAUCGCUAUUUGCCUCAAUGAACCUUGCAGUUAUGGAAUUCAGCAUAUAAUAAAUCUAUGUAAUAAAAGGACGACUGACCUCGUGGCCGUCAUGGUUAUAAUUGCAAAAAUUGCUUGUUAAUGGCACAAUGUGGCAUAUAGGCAAUGUAUUUGGGGUGUGGAAAAGAUUACAGUAUUUAUUCUAGAGUAGUUAACAAAUAUAAAAAUUUAUUUUGACAUUUUAAGAUAUUUUUGUUUGAAGAUGUUACAUGUACAUAAAAUGUUAAGGCAUACCUUGUAACAUAAGUAAAAGCAUGAAGAACCCUCUCAUGCAUAUGAGGACUUCACUGUACUGUAUGGCUAAUAUAUAAAUAAGAUGUAAAUAGAGUUACUUUGUUGCUCCUCUGCAGUGUCCCUGCAUCAGUUGCAGUUUUUUAAUUCUACUGUCCAUCCCAUCUUUCUCCUCCAGCCUGACUUGACACUGUCAGAGAAUUCAUUUCUGUCUCCUGAAGGAUAUUUCAUAGAGCUGUUUGUGAGGAGAAAUGGUUCAUUUGUUUUCAUCUCUGCAUAGUGAAGUCAAAUUAUGGAAUCUGUUUUAAUAAUGGCAUUAUUUAAAGAAUGGGCUUCUGUUAUGAGAAAUAAGUAAUGAGCCUAAGCAUCGUCUGCUGACUUGACCUUGAAUCAUUAUCUCUGACCAGGUGGCUCAGCUCUCAGUUCCUGGUUGUCGCCUUCGUGCGUUGUUCUCGUUCUCUAUCAUGUGGAAAACAAGCCAUCACAGAGAUCAGCAGAAAUGUUGGCCAGGUUUCACUUGAAUCACUGUCUUGUCCUCGGUGCACAGUUGUUGACUUGUAGCACAAACACCCUCUGGUUUUAAUCAAAGGAAAUUUCAAUAAAUUCUAUCUAUGCUUUUGCCAAAAAUGCUGUUACACAUAUUGGAACAAAACAUCAAUAAGCAGCAACUGGCUCAUGGUUUAUUUAAAGAAGACUGGCCUUGGAUGAUUAAUAGGCUUCCUUAUUAGUAUUUGCUUUGGUUUGGUGGUAAAUACAAAUGAGGGUGACCUGACCAGCACUUAGUCAUCAUUGUAAUGCAACGUCUAAUCAUAUACAAAAGACAAGAAAAACGUCCAGAAAUAUAUUUUUUGCCUUAAAUUAUUUACACCCAUUUGACUCUAUAUACUGUUAUCAAAAAAUGGGCAAUAUGUGUUGUAUAUACUAAAAUAGUAAUUGGUUAACGGUAAGUGGAUAUUUGCUUUUUGGGUCAAAUCAGUUGAAGUUCCUUUGCUGUAUUUCUCAUUGGCAAAAUGUGUAAUAUCACAUAUACUGUAGUAGUGGUACUUUUUGGUUUUUUUCAGUUUGAGUCAGUGGCCAUGUUGGACAGCGGCCUGUCGGUGUGUGUGGAGACUUCUCCACCUGACAGAGUGCCUUGACUUGAGUCCCGCUACAGGAAAAACCUUCAGGGAUGUCUUUCGUUAUGAGUUGUAACGGGGUGUUGGAUGUUGUCCUACAAAGAAGGUCGUGAGAGUACGGCAAUAUUCCUACAGAUCCUCAUGUCAAUAGAUUGCCCAGUCUACGGCAUAUAUUAUCUAGUACUUCAUAUGGACAAAAACAAAGCAACAAGACUCUCAUAGCACAAUUUGCGUAGAGGUAACUUUUGGGAAAUUGACUCAGAAUUAAGUAUACACUUCCUGAAAAUGACAUCCUUCUCUAUCGAGUCCUAACCUACAGUUUUUUAAGGUGUAUGACAAUGGCUUUGUUCUAUCUUGGCCUUUAUUUAGGCUGUUUGCCCAAAAUAAUCUAACUAGAACAAUAUCUUCUCCUUCAAAGAGCCAUUUGCUUCAUGAAGCAUCAGUUUGCGUUCAGAAAAGGACACUGAGUCUUUACCAGCUCCAAAGUCUCUGCAACAAACUCUGGAUUGUUUUACAAUCCUCCUAUGGGUACCAACAAAAUGUGAUGAUUUUUAUUGCACUAAUACAGUGAUAAUUUAGAGACACUGGACAUAGACCUGUCAGUGUUGCCUAAGAGAACAGCGGAUGUGGGCAUUGGCUCUUUCGCUGUCUUCUAAAUUUGUUAUUAGCACCAGUUUCACAACCUUCAGGAACAUGUCAAAGGCCAAAAUGGAGCAGAUGUUGAAGCAAUUAACCUUGGCUGAACUGUAAGCUCGAAUUUACUCAGAUAACAUUAAAAGUCCUACAAUGUGUCGCAUAAGCUUUAACCCAAUAUUUCCUGCCCCCAUAUAAAUCCAACCUAACAUCAAUUCUGAUCAAAAUGUAAAGUUUGUAAUCUGUUCUACAGCUCAGUGUUGUCUACAACAUGUACAUUUGUCGAUGUAAAAGACUUGAGUGACAUGGAGUUUGAUUCUUUUUUUUUUUUUUUUGAAAAGUGACAUGCAAACAAUCAGUGUAUUAUCCUCUCAUGAACAGUGGUUUCUCUGUAAAUAGUC